GGGAAAAAUACAAAAGACUAGGGAACUGAGUUCUUCAAAUUCCUGAGCACAGCUGGUAAUGGGGUGGGGACCAAAAUCCAAUUUCUGCUGCUCAGGACACACAUUCCAUUUGUAGGCAUCUCUGCGGAUAUUUCAGAAGCUGAACACUGACGUAGGGAAGUUUACAUGGCUCCCAACAUCCCUGCUUCUUAACACCACGUGAGGGCUGACCAUUGGUCAAUUAUUGGAGUUGGAAGGGCCCUUUAUAAAUUUAGGGCUUCACGUCACAGGACUCUGAUCAAAAUCACAUCUGUUGUGGGCUUUUCCAACAGUAAGAUCUUUAUCCACUAACUACAUAAGACUCGAAUACCCUGGGGUCUUGGUGAGGAGCUUUGUAUCAUAUUUAUAGAUUCCUUUGUCAGGCAUUGUACAUACAAUAGCAAAUUAAUUCUAAAUUUUGUCUGUUACCUUGAUCCAUAAAGGAUUUUUAAAGAAUAUUUUGUGACCAAUAUCAUGCAGCUUCUUGAUGGAAUUUAAUUUUUUCCUUAAAUACUAAUUUACUUGUAUAAUAUUUAGAAAUGGCUUUUAAAUUUACUUUUUUAAUGCACUGCAUGUAUCAGUUUGAAGUAAGUCUUGGUGAUGAAGAGUCCAUUAAGUGCAUUAAUCACUUCUUGUAUUUUAAACAAUUGAAGACUGAUUUUUUUUGAGGAGCUAGGGGGAAUUCUCCCCUGUAUUAUAAUUUUCACACAAGCCUUUGAUAACCAUUUUUGGUGUGCAGUUGGAUAUUUGUAUUAGGAGAUUAUGCUGCAGUAGGGUAGUAAUAAAUACACUGUAAGGGAUUGAAUCAUUCCAAACAAGGGCCCAAGGGGUGAUAUAAUUCUCCUUUGGAGAUAGUGGAUUCAUCUUGAAAUAAAAUUCUCCCUUUUGAAGGAGUUCUGUAUUUAAUGUCUCUCCCACUGAACUGGAUCCUAAAGGGCCAGAAAGCCCUUCAGCUAUAAGGGUAUCUGAGUACAAAAAUAAUCUGAAACUUUAAAAUGUUUAGAAUGCUGGAUAUAUAGAGCAAAAGCAAGAGGCGCUUGUCUGGGGUGGGUCACUUUAGUAUUGAAUUCCAGACGCAAGUUGUAGGCAGAAGGAAACUACUUUAAUCUGGUCUUCCACAUAAGGCUGAAGCGUUCUUCUAUCAGAAUCUUUUGAGUUAGGGGAAAGGUUUUUUUUACACAGAUUAGUCUCAUUGGUUUUGUAGCACUUUGAAGUUCUGGGUAAGUCAGGUCAGCAAGAAGGUCUCUGAUAGUUCAACAGAAAAAGCAUAUACUCCAUGUGGGUGGCAAGUAUGUCCAAAUUCAGCCCUAGUUAACCCAAGUACAGGUCCAUUUACUUCAUUGGACUUAUCCCUAGUUAUAUCAGGAAUACAUUUGACCUGGUAUGGUAGUGUCAUUUGAAUUUUCCUUAUCCCUGAAGGAAAUAGAGUAGUUUUCUGGAAACUUUUCUUCAAAUAUCAUAAAGGGCUUACAUAUACUGCGCAGCUGUUUUAAUGCCCUUCUAAAACUUUAUAAAUUAGUGAAAUAGAAGUCUUAGGCUUCAUCUACACUACCAACUUAUGUUGCUGUAACUACAUCACUCAGGGGUAUGGAAAAUCCACACCCCUGACCAACAUAGCUAUACAAACCUAACCUCAGGUGUAGAUAGCGCUAUGUUGACAGAAGGGCUUCUGUCAGCAUAGCUACUGCUGCUGAUGGGAGUAGUUCUCAGGUAGGCCUAGGUAGUGUCUUCACUAAGCAUUACAGUAUUUACAACUUUUAAGUGUUGACAAGGCCUAAGUAAUACAUUCAGUUUUGAACAGAUUUCUUAACAGAUGAUUUUGGAACUUUGCUGAUUGAUGACUUUAGAUCUAACUUCUGAUCAGUAAGUAUGAGAAGAAAUGGUCCAUGGAGGAGGCUUACUUUAUUUACUUUUAAUCACCGUUAUCAGUAAUGCUAGAAAUUAAGUCUUUCACGCUCUGUAGACAACCUCUUGCAAACCUGGAGUGUAGCGAAGGGAAGCCUCACAAGCACGGUGCCUCCUGCUGGUCGUCUGGAAAUUAGCUCUUUUUCAGCAUACAGAGCGCCCUCUGUAGGCCGGUGUCUUGCCUGCUGCUGGCCCCAUGUUCCUCCUUGUCCCUGGUGCCUCUUUACCUCAAAGUUCUGCCCCUGCAGUACCCCCACACUCUGGGUCUCCCCUCCUUGAGGAACCCCUAACCCUCUAGACCCACCUUGCCUCAGUGGCUACUGCCAGUCAUCAUCUAGCCCCUGCUCACUGGGGCAGACUGUAGUCUGUAAUGGCCACUCAUCAUUGGCAAGGGGUUAGGACCUGCUGCCUUUGCCUAUCCCCAGGCUGCACCUCUGUAGCCCCAGUACCUCUGCAGGCCUUCACCAGGGCCUGCAGCCUGGGGGUUUUCUGGGCUGGAGCUCCCCAGCUCCCUUUUCCCUAGCUCUGUUCUGCUUCAGGUAUCUUGCUCUCAGGCAGCUAGCCCUUCCCACUCUAGGGCUGGAGAGAGACUCCUCUCAGCUCUAGGCUCACAGCCUUUUAUAGGGCCAGCUGUGGCCUGAUUGGGCUGGGCACACCUGUGGCUGCUUCCCCAAUCAGGCUAGCCUUUCACAGGUGCAGCCCUCUCCAGGGCUGCUUUUAACCCCUGUUCUUCAGGAGUGGGGAAGCUGCCCCACUACAUGGAGUAAAAUAUCUUUUAGCUAGUAUGGGAGAAGAUGAAAGCACAUUUAAGAUUUUCAGAUCCUUCUGGAAACUCACACAUAAUAAAAAACCUGGAUAAUUCACAGGUCUGUGGGGAAAGACAGAAUUAUGAGGCGGCAGGGAGUGACGGUAUCCGGUUGACAAUGGAGAGUGCUCUAACAGCCCGUGACCGUGUGGGGGUUCAGGAUUUCGUCCUGCUAGAGAACUUUACUAGCGAAGCAGCCUUUAUUGAAAAUCUACGUAAACGAUUCAAGGAGAAUCUGAUCUAUACUUACAUCGGCUCAGUUCUGGUGUCAGUAAAUCCAUACAAGGAUCUGGAAAUCUACAGCAAACAACACAUGGAGCGAUACCGUGGCGUCAGUUUCUAUGAAGUCUCUCCUCACCUUUAUGCUAUUGCUGACAACUCAUACCGUUCCCUGCGCAUUGAGAGGAAGGAUCAGUGUAUCCUGAUAUCUGGGGAGAGUGGAGCUGGAAAAACUGAAGCCACCAAGAAAAUCCUUCAGUACUAUGCAGUGACAUGUCCAGCCAGUGACCAAGUUGAAACAGUGAAAGAUCGCCUCCUACAGUCCAAUCCGGUCUUAGAGGCAUUUGGAAAUGCAAAAACCCUUCGGAAUGAUAACUCCAGCCGAUUUGGGAAAUACAUGGAUGUGCAGUUUGAUUACAAGGGUGCACCUGUGGGGGGUCAUAUCCUGAACUACCUACUGGAGAAAUCUCGGGUUGUCCAUCAGAAUCAUGGAGAGAGGAACUUUCACAUCUUCUACCAGCUGUUAGAGGGAGGGGAAGAUGACCUACUGCGGCGUCUGGGCCUUGAGAAGAACCCCCAACAGUACCAUUAUCUAGUGAAGGGUCAGUGUGCCAGGGUCAGUUCCAUCAGUGAUAAAAAUGACUGGAAGGUUGUGCGAAGGGCCCUGUCCGUCAUUAACUUCAACGACAAUGAGGUAGAGGAUUUACUGAGCAUUGUCGCUAGUGUGUUGCACCUGGGGAAUGUGCAGUUUGCUGCCGAUGAACAGGGCAAUGCUCAGGUGACCACAGAGAACCAGAUUAAAUAUCUGGCUAGGCUCCUGGGGGUUGAGGGCUCUGUGCUCCGGGAAGCAUUGAUCCACAAGACGAUCAUAGCAAAAGGGGAAGAGUUGGUCAGUCCUCUGAAUCUGGAGCAGGCAGCCUAUGCACGAGAUGCUCUAGCCAAGGCAGUAUAUGGGCGCACCUUCUCCUGGCUAGUGAAUAAGAUUAAUAAGUCUCUUGCCUACAAGGAGGCAGAGUGCCCAGGCUGGAGGAGUGCAACAGUUCUAGGGCUGCUUGACAUUUAUGGAUUUGAGGUUUUCCAGCACAAUAGCUUUGAGCAGUUUUGUAUCAAUUAUUGUAAUGAAAAACUGCAGCAGCUCUUCAUAGAACUCACACUAAAAUCAGAACAAGAGGAGUAUGAGUCAGAAGGCAUAGCGUGGGAACCUGUCCAGUAUUUCAAUAACAAAAUCAUUUGUGAUCUGGUGGAAGAGAAAUUCAAAGGAAUAAUUUCUAUUUUGGAUGAGGAGUGUCUGAGACCUGGGGAUGCCACAGAUAUGACAUUUUUGGAGAAGCUAGAGGAAACGGUGAAGAAUCAUCCUCAUUUUCUCACACACAAGCUGGCUGACCAGAAGACUCGGAAGUCUUUAGGCCGAGAAGAGUUCCGUCUCUUGCACUAUGCUGGAGAGGUCACCUACAGUGUCACAGGUUUUCUGGAUAAAAACAAUGACCUUCUAUUUCGGAACCUGAAGGAGACCAUGUGCAACUCGGAGAAUACUAUCAUAAAUCAUUGUUUUGAGAGGACUGAGUUGACAGAUAAAAAGAGACCUGAAACGGCGGCAACUCAGUUUAAGAACAGUCUGUCCAAACUGAUGGAAAUUCUGAUGUCCAAGGAGCCAUCAUACAUUCGCUGCAUUAAACCUAAUGAUGCUAAACAAGCCGGUCGGUUUGAUGAAGUUCUAAUCCGACAUCAAGUGAAGUACUUAGGCCUGAUGGAGAACCUGAGAGUGCGCAGAGCUGGUUUUGCUUAUCGCCGGAAAUAUGAAAUCUUCCUGCAGAGAUACAAAUCACUGUGUUCAGAAACAUGGCCCACGUGGGAAGGGCGUCCCCAUGAUGGAGUGGCUGUGCUUGUGAAACAUCUAGGUUACAAACAGGAAGAGUAUAAGAUGGGCCGAACAAAGAUUUUUAUUCGUUUUCCCAAGACUUUGUUUGCAACAGAAGAUGCUUUGGAGAUACGGAAGCAGAGUCUGGCUACAAAAAUCCAGGCCACAUGGAGAGGCUUCUAUUGGCGACAGAAAUUCCUGCACAUGAAACAUUCAGCAAUAACUAUCCAGUCAUGGUGGCGUGGAACCCAGGGGCGCCGAAAAGCCUCCAAGAAAAAGUGGGCAGUGGAGACAAUUAGACGGUUUAUUAAAGGUUUUAUUUACCGGAACUACCCUCGCUGCUCAGAGAAUGAAUACUUCCUAGAUUAUAUUCGCUACUCCUUCUUGAUGAACCUCAAACGCAAUUUACCAAAGAAUGUUUUGGACAAAUCGUGGCCAACUCCCCCUCCAUCACUCUACGAGGUAUCUCAGCUCUUGAGACAGCUGUGUAUGCAAAACAUGGUGUGGAGCUACUGCAAGAGAAUCAGCCCAGAAUGGAAACAGCAGUUAGAUCAGAAAGUGGUUGCAAGUGAGAUGUUUAAGGGUAAAAAAGACAAUUAUCCUCAGAGUGUUCCCAGACUCUUCAUCAACACUCGACUUGGCACCGAAGAGAUAAAUCCUAAAGUCCUUCAGGUUUUAGGAAAUGAAACGAUCAAGUAUGCAGUUCCCGUGGUCAAGUAUGACCGGAAAGGAUACAAGGCAAGAGUGCGGCAGCUACUUCUCACCCAGAAUGCCAUCUUCAUAGUUGAAGAAGCCAAAAUCAAACAACGAAUUGACUAUGCCAAUCUGACAGGAAUCUCAGUCAGCAGCUUGAGUGACAGUUUGUUUGUGCUCCAUGUGCGCUGUGAGGAUAACAAACAGAAGGGAGAUGUUGUACUACAAAGUGAUCAUGUGAUUGAGACACUAACCAAAACUGCCAUGAGUGCUGACAAAAUCAAUAAUGUCAAUAUCAGUCAAGGCAGCAUAAAAUUUACAAUUGGGCAAGGCAAAGAAGGAAUAAUUGACUUUACUUCAGGAUCUGAACUGCUCAUAGCCAAAGCCAAAAAUGGCCACCUUGCUGUGGUUGCUCCUCGUUUGAAUUCUCGAUGAUAACAUUUGUCAGCAGGAAGGGAUCUGGAUUGCCUUUUAUACCAGUGGCUGGACAUACUGGCCUGCAGUCUUUUUUUUUUUUUUUUUUGAUGCUUUGCUCAUUUUCUUAAUAGUUACCAAAGAACUACACUUCCAUAAAACAAAGUGAAAAUGUAAUCUGAAACUACCCCAAAAAAAGCACCUUCUCUUUCCCCCUCCUACUGGCAACUACUUGGGUCUGGGGCUUGUGAAACUCAUGUACUCGGCUGGCCUCAGGGGGCGUUAAGGUUGUCAUUGCUGCAGAGACCAAGCCCUGAAGUGAAAUUACAAGCUUUUUCUCAUCUGUCCUGAUACAUACAUACAAAAGCAUGAUCAUAAGAAAUACGAAGGGCAGAUCUGUAUUGGCCAACUCAAUAAAGUGCCAGACUUUAUCAUCCGAGAACAUUUUAUGAAGAAUUUUGCUUUGUCACUUUCUGAUGCUUUGUAUAAAAAUAUUAAAAAGCCAUAUUAUAUAAAUGAGUAAAAUCCUGUAAAUAUUUUUUAGCUCAGUGGGUGAGUCGCACUAUAAAAAGCAGAGAGUCUGUGGGAACUUUUGAGCUUUUUAAAAACAAUUAUGGAGGUAAUGUAGCAACUGUACUCUUUUAAAGCACCCUUCAUCUGGAACCUGCCUUCCAAAGGUGUCCCCUUACCCUUUUCUUCUUGUACUGUAAUGCCUGUUUCUUAUGCCUAAACAUGUACAUAAAAGACUGCCUCCCUUUUGCAGACACACAACUCUUCCCCCCUCCCCUCCACCUGAAAGAGCAUGUGUGUUUAUUGGUCCUGGCCACAUGGCUGGUAUUGGUGAAAGAUUCACAAGUGACCUGUUCUGUUAAAGCCCCUGGUCUCUCUGCCCAAGCUGCUAUUUGCUGCAGUUACUCAGCAGCACUGUAGGAAAGUUGCUGCAUAUUGGCAGGAGUACCUGGGCAUUUGCAGUCUCAAACACACCCAGGGCUUAGACAUAGCCUUCCACAAACAAACACUGUUUUAAAGGUGGUUUAUUCAUCCCCCACCUGGAUUGGUGCUUGCACUUUGUGGAAUCUUGCUCUUAAAUUCCAUGCUAUAUCAUUUUACGCUGAACUGUGUCUGUUAAAAUAUUCACCAAAACUGCACCGGGGGAAGAGAGGAAGAGCACUGCUGAGACAAAUAGCACUAAAUAUGAAGGGUUUGGGUUUGUUUGUUUUUUGUUAUACAUAAAUUUAGGAGGAAAAAGCUUGGUGGUGAAUGCUUUCUAGUAAACAGCUGAAUCACAGUGAGAUGCAACUGCCACAGUCAACAUUCUCCUGGUAAAGACAGGCUGUAAGGCACCAUGUACUUGCCUUCUUUGGGGCAGAGCAUGCCUUCACAAUUCCAUCUGUAAUCAUGGGACGGUGGCAGGCCCCCUUUAAGCUCAGAAAACAAACAUGCUGCCACUGGUGUGCAAUGAGCUCACUCUAAUACUUUUUUUCUACUUCUGUGUGCUAUCAGAUAAACACUGCCUCAAGCAUGGAAUGCUGUACACCCUAUAGUGUAUAUACUAUAUUAAUGCUGUAUACACAAUGAUGUAAUCCCAAAAGUCUGCUAAAUAAACUUUUUUUUUUUUUUUUUU